AUGGCGACUAUGAUUCAUAUUUUAUCAAUUGUUAUUAUGGCUCUACUUUUGGCAUUUUCUAUAAUUCAUCUGGGUGUUAGCAUUGGUAUUAUUGUACAAUUUCGUAAAUAUGUUAACGUUUUUCGUCCACAAAUAGGAUUAUCUGGUUUUAAUAUUGUUAUUAGUUUGUUUGGUCUUUUGGCCGGUGCCUUAGGUAUAAUUGCUGCUAUUCUAGCUGCUAUAACAGGCGUCUUUGCAUUGGCUUCGCUAGUGAGUGCAAUUGUUAUAAAUGCAAAGUCAUUGAGUUAUGUCGGUACACGUUUCGGCGACCAUUUGCUUGCCUACAAGACUAGGGCAGAUUCUAAAACUACAAUUGAUCUUUUACAAACUAAAUAUACAUGCUGUGGCGUCGAUACGUGGCUUGAUUGGUCAUAUGCUCAGCUAAAUGGAACGGCAGAAAUGACGACUCCUACAAUGACGUCCAUCACAACUACGGAACCGAGUGAUACCACUAAUCCUACUGAACAAACUGAUAAUAUAAUAACAACUACGGCAAGUAAUUCAGGACGAAAACGUGAAAUAAGACAAACAAAUAAUGAUCUUGCAACUUUGCUACUUACAUUCAAUGUUACUUUACCUAGGUCUUGCUGUAGUAGUGAAGCAAUUCUAACAAGUACUACAUCGGAUGCUUAUUGUAUGUCGCAUGUUAAUAAUACUUACAAUCAUUUUUAUCCGAUCGGAUGUUCAAAACAAAUUGAUAUGGUUGCUGGUAAUCAAGCAAUGGGCUUUGCUGUUAUUAAUUCUUUUAUCAUUGUUUUGGCAUUCGUGGCUGUGCCUUUAUUGAUUUCUGCCUCAUCCGGAAGCGUCGACUAG